AUGGCUCAUCACGCAACCCUCGCUAUACAUCAUACUACAACGCUGUCCCAAGACCUCAAGCAUGAUAGAAGGAUUGACAGCAACAACGCAGUGCCACCCAUCCUCUCUCAAUCGUCGCCUUCACCUCAAGCGACAUAUAAAAAUCUGAAACCAUGGGACGACAGCGCAAUGCCGGCAUCGGCCAGACUUGCCCUGCUCGAUCUCAAGCCACCACAAACGUCUGCCAGACCUCGGAAUUCACUGGUUGAUUCAAAAGGCAAGGCACCUCUCGGUGAAAACCCCGAUUUAGAAGCCGAUAAUGACCUCACUAAUGAAAGUAUGGACUUCGACGAAUUUGUCUCGAAAGAUAGCGAAGGAGUUAUAAGAGUUCGCCCAUUCACCAUGAUGUCGCUAAAAGCGGAGAAGGUGGACUCAGAAAGCGAUGAUAAGGUCGGUGACUGCAAACCCUGUUGCAUUCCUGGGCCGCCAGGAAAGCCUGGACCUAACGGGAAAAACGGAGUGCCGGGUAAUCCUGGUCACAAUGGUCUUCCGGGAAAAUCUGGAAAUCCACCGAAGAGACCUUGCCAAGAACAUACAUCUCAACUUUGCAAAGAAUGCCCACAAGGACCGGAUGGACCACCAGGGCCAAGAGGAGAACCUGGAACCCCUGGAUCAUCUGGUCAUCCUGGAUCAAGAGGAUUAAACGGACUGCCUGGAAUACCAGGAGGUCGAGGUGUUCGUGGACUUCCUGGGCUGCCUGGUCUGCCGGGUGCAGAAGGAAAUUUCGGAGAGAUUCCUGUGGCGGAACCGGCCAUACCAGGUGAACCAGGACUUCCAGGGCCCCCAGGCCCCCGUGGACCUAUUGGAAAACCUGGCAAACCAGCUACGCCAAGCGCGGAUGGACUAAAAGGACCUCGUGGAUCUCCUGGUGCUGAUGGAGUACCCGGGCUACAAGGAGAACCCGGUUUUCCUGGUCCAGCGGGACUACCGGGAGCUGCCGGAAUGUGUUCAUUCUACUGCGGGGUAGACAGAGGAAUCUUUUUCGAUCAAGGAAGAACGGAAAGAUCUAACAGUUAUCGCAGACAGUAA